CAGCAACAGUAGCGCGAACACGCGCUAGAACUAUCUUCACUUCGAACAGUAGAAUCUCUGACUGCUCAAGGUUGGUACUUUUCUGGCGAGAUGUUUCUUAAAGGCAAAGGUCCUUAUUUUCUGUUGAUCUUCACGAUUAUCGCUUUGGGGAAGGGAGUUCAACAUGCAGACUCCACCCAUAAAGGGAGCGAUUUGAGACUUGUUGUCGUGGCCAAUGGAGUUGCGAUUCUACCUUGUGGAUCGCAAGAUCCCCCUUCUGAUAUCGAGUAUAGCUGGAGCAAGGAUAACGUGCCCGUUGUCAUCAGAAGCGAUGGAAGAAUCAAGAUAACCGACGAGGGCAACCUGUUGAUCAAGGACACCAGAGAAGAAGACAGCGGUGUUUACAUCUGUAAGGCUACCACUAAGGAUGAUGUGGCUGAAGUGAAUGUCACUUUGAUAGUGUUGGUAUCCGACUCGGCUCCCUAUUUCUACAACUUCACUCCACCUAAUGCCACGAUUCAAAGAUCAGUUGGAUCCUCAGUUCUGUUCCAGUGCCCAGCAAGAGGACAUCCUCUUCCCGGUAUCACCUGGCUGAAGAAUGGCAUACAUAUUGAUACGACAAAUCUUGAUUCAACCACUGAGUAUAUGAAGUGGUCCAUAACCUUGAAUGAUCUCAAGGUCGCAGAUUCCGGCAACUACACUUGUUUCAUUGCCAACAAGCUUGGAAGCAUCAAUGUUACGUUCAAUCUGAUGGUGACACCGAAAGAAAAACCAUUGCUGCUGAAUUCCACUCGGCCAGAUUUAUCGGUUUUCCAUCCUCUGAACACUACGGUGAAGUAUGGAUCAUCAGCAACAUUCCAGUGCAGAGUUCGUAGUGAGGCACCACCUAAUAUUCAGUGGCUGAAAAAAAUUGAAGAUUUUGAGCUGCCCAAAUUCCAAAAGGAACAUCAUGAUAUCAUCAAGGUUCAAGGCGAGAACUACAGAGUUCUUCAAUCUUCUGAAGUUGUUGAGAGGUCUGAUGGUUCAUUCUUGAACAAGCUUACUAUACCGGAAGUAUUUGAGACAGACAGUGGAAAGUAUAUAUGUCUUGGUGCCAAUUCCAUGGGAUAUAGCUUCAGGAGUGCAUACCUCACCGUAUUGCCAAGACCCCGAGCUCUGCCAUUAGGAUGGAGUCGUAGCGUUGCUGUACAUCCAGGUCAUCCCGGCUCUCUACUGGUCGCCAUUCCAAUCACGUUGGGCGUUGUUGUUGGAGUCAUGGUGGCAUUAGUCGUUUUAUGCCACCGUCGCAGACUGGAUACUUCAGUCCCAUUGCCAGCCUCUGGUUAUCGGAAAGAGGAUCUGAGGAGGGCUUCAAGGACCGCUACAACAGCGUUAGAUACCUUUAAGGAGGAGAAUAUCGAGAACGGCAUGUACUCGGCAGAUGAAGGGGAGGAUAUCAAAGACGAGCAGGCAUGCAUGCAGUCAAGGAUGCAGUCGGAAGUCGAGCUUGAAAGUAACGGAGUUGUCGUCACCAAGAUUUGCAUGGAGCCAAAUUCUUCCAACAAUUGCGACAGCUGCUUCGUGAUGCGAAAUGAGGUGUGAUAAGUUGGAGGCUUUUGUUUCAGUGUGGCAUACAUUCAUGAAAGCUGUUUUGCCGCAUCUAAAUAUUUAUUGUCGUAAACCUACAAGGGAUCACUUACUUGAAGUUUAUAUUGAAUGUAUUUCUGUAUUUUAACUUAUAUUUAUACAUGGUUAAACAACACAAAGAUAUCAUGAGUCCAAAAUUUUCUGUAAGUGUACUUAUUGAAAAUUAGUAUUAAUUAGCACAACGUAUCAUAUUAAUAUUUCAAAAAUAACCUUGCAUAUCAGGUGUAGUUAAAAACUAGUUAUAAAAUAUUUAUCUAAAAUUUAACACACUUAAAUGUUCAUGAUGACAACAUAACUAAUGUAAAAAAAAAAACAUUUUAGAUAGAGACACUUACUGGAACUUAAAAGCCUAGUUGAAUAAGCAUCAUUUUAUAGAUAUAAUAUAUUAAAUUUGACGUAAACGCUAUACAACUUAAUUAUUUAUUCCCUUCUAACGAUAUUUAAAUUUUGUGCUCGAAAUUCUUUCUAAAACGCACUUUUGAAUUAAUUGUUAAUUAGAAGCAAUUCAAAGAAGCUACCUUUGAGGUGUUUUGAUUUUUAUUUAUUUCAGGAAAAUUAUAAAACUAAAAUUUAUAAGUUAUGUUUAUAUUGGUCAUUUUAAUUUCCAAUAAUAUUCAUAAUUCGUUUAAAAUUUUUUCUCAUGGCCUACAUCAAAAUCAAAAGUAAUUUUUGAAAAAAAAGCCAGGCAUUCAAGAUGUUUGAUAUAUUAUUAUUGACACGUAUUUAUGCAUAUACUAUCUUCAAUGUGAAGUGCUUCAGGCUUGAAAUCUGUAAAUUUGCUGUUAUUGUAGAAACCUGGACCAUAUUAAUUCAAAUCGAAGAUCACAAGACAUUUUUGGGUUGCUCUCUGCUAUAUCGCGAGAGCUGAAUAAUAUUAUAAUUUAUAGAUUUCCAAAAUUAAUAUUCAGAAAAUGGUUAUGCAUUUUUUAAUGGCUGUUGACCUCAGGCCUAAGGCAAUUCUCAUGGUAAGUAAACAAUAAACGUGGAUGGUAAAGACUUUUUUGAAUUAAUUGUUAAUUAAAACCAAAUAAAAGAAGAAUUAUUUUAAGAAAAUUUUGUAAAUAAAGUUUAUUAUUUUUUUUUAUUAAAGUUGUUACUUAAAGUUUAUUAUUAAAGUUGCUUAUUUUUAUUUUCAAUAAUACUGUAAUUUUUAAAUUUUUUUCUCUUAGAUGCAUCAAAAUCAGAAGUAAAUUUCGAAAAAAUAAGACAGUCAUUCAAAAUUUUUUGAUUUAUUAUUCUUGACACUUAUUUAUGCAUAUACUGUCUUCAAUGUGGAGUGUUUCAGACUAUCUGCUGUUAUUACGGAAACCUAUAACGAAUCUAUUCAAAUCGGAGGUUAAAUUCGAAAAUUUAUUUUUGUUUUGUUCUAGACGGUAUUGCCAGUACUGAAUGAUAUCUUUACAUUUAUACAUUUCCAAAACUAAUAUUCGAAAGAAAGUGUAUGCAUUUUUUAACAGUUUUUGACUUCAGGCCUGGGACCUUUCUCAUGGUAGGCAAAUAAUAAAUGUUAUUGAUAAAGACUUUUUGUUAAGUUAUUUUCGAGAGAAAACAAAAAGAUACCUUUUUGAAUUAAUUGUUAAUUAGAAUCAAUUGAAAGAAGAUAAUUUAAGAUUUUUUUUAUAUUUUUUUUUUAUUUAAAAAAAAACCGAAGUAAAUUUUAUAAGUUGCAUUUAUAACGCUCAUUUUGAUUUUCAGUGAUAUUUAUAAUUUCAUAUUAAUUUUUUUCUCAUAACACACGUCAAAACCAAAAGUAAUUUUUGGAGCAAUAAGCCAAUCAUUCAAAAAUUUUGGUAUAUUAUUCUUGACACGAAUGCAUAUACUGCAAUGCGAAGUAUUUCAGACUCAAUCUGCUGUUAUCUUGGAAUAUUUUAUUUCAAAUCGGAAGUUACAAUGGAAAAUUUAUUUUUGGAUUGUUCUCUACGAUACCGCGAAUGCCGAAUAAUAUCAUCAGAGUUCAAUUCCUAAAUCUCCGUAAUUAAUAUUCAGAAGUUCAGCAGAAAGGUUAUGUGUUUUUUAACAGCUGUUGACUUCAAGCCUGGAACGGUUCUCACAGUAGGCAGUCAAUAAAUUCUAAAGACUUUUUUUGUUAAGAUAUUUUGGAGAGGAAGUAAAAGAAGAAAUAAUAAACUAUGUAAAUGAUUUUAAACUUGAGUUUUAGAAUGCUCAUCUUGACAUUCAAAACCAAAAUUCAGUUCAUUGUUUAAGGUAUUUAUUUUAACAAAUUGUGUGUUAAUAGAAUUAUUCAUAUCAAGGUUAAAGGAAAUUUUGUUUAUUUAAAUGUAAUUUAUUAGCUCAUAUUUCUUAAAAAAUGUGACAAUGUGUAAAAUACGUAAGUAUAUUAGAACCUAAUAUCUGAUUUUGCUAAUUUAAAGAAACAAAUUAAAGUUUUGAUAAAAUUAUUUAUAAUUUUGAGAAAACAUUCUUUAUUUCUUAAUUGUAAUGGAGAAACUUUAUAAAUGACAAAUGAAAGAAGCUUACUUUCUCUAAUCAUUUUUUUUAAUUAACAAGAAAGUAUUAAGAAUAAUUUUCCUUUAAAUUGCAUUUCAUUAUUUUGGCCCGACUUUUUAAAUAUAUGUAAAAUCAAUUUUCUUUUCUAGAACUUCUUUAAAGUUCAGAAAAUCUGUGAUAAAAACAUUCAACAUUAAAAUAACACAUUUUAAUAAACAUUUAUUUAGUUCAAGUGAAAUCACAUGAUUUUAAAAGAAAUCGGAUGCAUAUUCCCAAGCAUUGCAUUCACAUUUAGUCAUCGCAAAGCAUUUGUAGAUAAAUGUACGAGUAGGCUUCUGCUUUAGUUAUCAACCAUAAGCGUUGUUGAUCGUUUCACUAGUAGUUCUUGUCUUUAUAAACCGUUCUACUACGAAUCUUUCAUUUUGUUUCGUAAAUGGCAUUUGAGGAAUGCACAGUUAUUU